UAAUUUUCCUUCAUUUUGGCAAUCUGGCAUCGGCAUCCUGGCAAGCAUAGUGCGCUUUUAAAAUUAUCCGAAUUUUUCACUGUAAGAUCAUUUUAAAAACUAGCAAACGAAUCGAAUAUAAGUUAAAUUCGCGUAGUGCUACAAUUUGGUGUAUAGUUUGUGCGGUUUCCUCCAAAAAUGGAUCGAGAUCGCAACCGAAGGCGCGACAGAUCGCGAUCCCGUGAAAGGCGACGCAGUCGGAGUCGGGACCGGAAGCGUUCACGGUCAAGGUCUCCGUAUCGUAAGGGUCGUUCCCGCCGUAGGAAGCCUUCCCUAUACUGGGAUGUUCCUCCGCCAGGAUUUGAGCACAUUACCCCGCUACAGUAUAAGGCCAUGCAAGCGGCCGGGCAGAUUCCAGCCAAUAUCGUAGCGGAUACACCGCAAGCGGCCGUUCCGGUUGUUGGAUCUACCAUAACGCGACAGGCUCGGAGAUUGUACGUGGGCAACAUUCCGUUUGGCGUCACCGAGGAGGAGAUGAUGGAAUUCUUCAACCAACAGAUGCAUCUGUCCGGUUUGGCCCAAGCGGCCGGAAAUCCGGUGCUGGCGUGUCAGAUCAAUCUGGAUAAGAACUUUGCCUUCCUGGAGUUCCGUUCGAUUGACGAAACGACGCAGGCCAUGGCCUUCGAUGGCAUCAACUUUAAGGGGCAGAGUUUGAAGAUAAGACGACCUCACGAUUACCAGCCCAUGCCUGGUAUGACGGAUUCGGCCGCUGUUUCAGUACCAGAAAAAUUCUCCGGAGUCAUUAGCACGGUCGUCCCCGAUUCUCCGCACAAGAUCUUCAUCGGCGGUUUGCCGAACUACUUGAAUGAGGAUCAGGUCAAAGAACUGCUGCUCUCCUUUGGACAACUGAAGGCGUUCAACUUGGUCAAGGAUGCUGCAACUGGAUUGAGCAAAGGUUACGCCUUUGCCGAAUAUGUGGAAUAUACCAUUACCGAUCAGGCUAUAGCAGGAUUGAACGGUAUGCAGCUGGGCGAUAAGAAGUUGAUUGUACAAAGGGCCAGUGUUGGAGCCAAGAACGCAAACGUUGCGGCUGUCGCACCAGUUCAAAUUCAGGUACCUGGUCUGUCGUUGGUUGGAUCAUCGGGACCACCGACGGAGGUACUCUGUCUCUUGAACAUGGUCACUCCGGACGAGCUGAAGGACGAAGAGGAAUACGAAGAUAUUCUCGAGGAUAUUAAGGAGGAGUGCAACAAGUACGGCGUGGUCCGGAGCGUGGAAAUUCCGCGACCCAUUGAAGGUGUCGACGUACCCGGCUGCGGUAAGGUCUUUGUCGAAUUUAACUCAAUUGUCGACUGUCAGAAGGCCCAGCAAGCACUUACCGGACGCAAGUUCAGUGAUCGCGUGGUCGUUACCUCUUACUUUGACCCGGAUAAGUAUCAUCGUCGUGAGUUUUAAUUUGGUCACCUUUUGUGUGGGGCAUUACAUUUUAAAGAAAAAGUUUUGGUAGACAGUAACUAAAAAUCGUGACACAAUGUGUUUCAGUUUAGUUAAGCUUAAAUAUAGGGUCCUUGAUGACACAAAAAAAAAACAUCUGUAAU